AUGCAGACACAUACAUAUAAUAAUAAUAAUGGUAGGUAACCAUAGUUUCAGUCGGUUUGACCUUCGAAUAACAUCGGGAAAUUUUCGUAAAUAACAGAUAUAGUAUAAAUUGAAUUGUUGAUUCGAAUUUAACUAGCUACGUUUAUAUGAAAGUAUUGUACUAUAUUUGAUUAAUGCUUAACUCUUCACAGCCAUACAUUCAUUUCAUCUUCCAUGAGGAAUAGCUUACAUUUUGAUUUAGGAUUCUUACAUAUCGGUGAUUUUAGUGAUGUUACAAUUUUUGUUUAGUUUUUUACAUGAACAAGCAAACGUAUUUCAUUUGCGAACAUGAUUAGAUUGUUGUUUUACUUACAUUUAAUAGUACAUGUCUAUCCAAACCAUACACACACUUAUAAUAAUAAUAGCUAUGAUGUAACCGAUCAACAAGUAAAUCACACUACUACUAUUGAUAAUGAUGACUUAUUAUGGUUACAAUGGAAACAUUUACAUCAGAAGAAUUAUUCUACUUAUAAGGAGUAUAAUGAACAUCGUAAAAAUUGGUUAUAUAAUUUACAUUCUAUUAAACAACAUAAUCUAAUGCAUGAUAAAGGUUUAAAAUUAUAUACAAUAGGAUUAAAUCAGUUCUCUGAUUUAAAUUGGAGUCAUAUAAGUACAAUAUAUUUAACUAAUUUAAGUCAAUAUUUUUUAAAUAGACAUAAAAAACAAAGUCAAAUACUAUUGAAACAAUCAUUAAAUGAAACAAGAUUAAAGGAAAUACCAGAUUCAUGGGAUUGGAGAAAAGUAGGUGUUGUAAGUAAAGUUAAAGUACAGGGUGAAUGUGGUGCUUGUUGGGCGUUUUCAGCUGCUGGAGCAUUAGAAGGACAGUUAAAAAAUAAGAAUGGUAGUUUUGUUGAAUUAUCAUCACAACAAUUGAUUGAUUGUAGUCAUUCUUUUGGUAAUCACGGCUGUUUAGGCGGUGAUAUGAAUAAUGCAUUUCGAUAUGUUGAAAAAGAUGGAAUACAAUCAGAGGAAAGUUAUCCUUAUUUAACAAAAGAAGGUAAAUGUCAACAUAUUAAAUCAACAUCAUUAACCUAUUCAAAAUCAAUUAUAGAGAUUAAACUCAAUGAUGAAGAACAGUUGAAAUAUGUUUUAUAUGAACAUGGACCAGUUUCAGCUGGUAUAAACGUAGAGCAACAAUUUAUGAGAUACAAAAGCGGCAUAUAUCAAUCCCAGUCUUGUUCGUCUACAGAAGUUAAUCAUGCAGUUCUAAUUGUUGGAUACGGAGAAGAAAAUGGUGUACAAUAUUGGACUAUUAAAAAUAGCUGGGGCACAUCUUGGGGAGAAGAUGGUUAUGUGAGAAUACGUCGUAAUUAUAACAACAUGUGUGGCAUAGCAACUAUGGCAAGUGUACCGAAACUAUAGAUACACUUGUCAAAUUAUUUUAAUAAUUAGUAAAGUGUUGACUGAUUCUUUAUUCAGUACUAGGAAGUUUUUUGCUUGUGUUCAAUCGAAUGCAUUAAUUCUACAAUCAUAAAAACUAAUAAUACUACAAGGUUCAAAAUAUUCGCUAUUGUAAGAACAUUGUUUUGUAAGAGUGACGGUACAUCAUCUAAUAUUACACCAUAUUUGUGGCAGUAUACCUGUUCCCGUUCCCGAAUUUGAUUAUUAUUUUUAUGGUUACCAUAACCGUACAUUUUCCAUGCAGUUUUCAUUAUCUUUGAUGAAGUUCUUGAUUUACUUGAAAGGCCUGUUUCCUUCAACGCAUUGUUAUCAAAAACAGUGCUCAACAUUUCAUGAAAUUCCUGUGCAUUUUUUUCAAG